AUGGCUGCCGACAAUCUCAUAGGCAGGAGAAGAGGCUUCCUGGACUUCAUCCCGUUUCGCAAGCUUCAACCAUACGGCAAAGGGUUCUUCUCGAAGCGGAUUCGCCUCAAUGCUGGUUCAACUGUUACAAUACCCCUGGCCGUAGUUGUAGCUUUCCCAGUUCUCAUCAUCAUCGUCAUCUUGGUGCUAGUAAGCCUACAUUCUGAUUCUCCGGGUGUAAUUCAAAAUCUACCUUUGAUCAACAGGGAGCCUGGGAUUUUAAAAAUCAACGAAACGUACGAUAAGCCAUUCGUAACGGGCUGCUUAGAACCAGCCGUCGAUCUUCCGAGAGCAAAUGCAGCGUUUGUCGUUCUGGCAAGAAAUAAGGAACUGGAUGGUGUAAUCCAGUCUAUGAAGUCGAUCGAACGCCAUUUCAACCAUUGGUUCCACUAUCCUUAUGUCUUCCUCAACGAUGGGGAGUUUAAUGAAUCCUUUAAAGCCACGGUGAAGAAAUAUGCGAGCUCAGAGGUGGAAUUCGGACAGAUCGAUUCUAGCAUGUGGGGUUUUCCGGACUGGGUAAACCAUGAUGAUGCAAAGGAAGCCAUCGCAAAGCAGGGUGAUCGGGUAAUCAUGUAUGGUGGCAUGGAGAGCUACCAUCACAUGUGUAGAUUUUACUCAGGAUUCUUCUAUAAGCAUCCUCUCCUCGAGAAAUACAAGUGGUACUGGCGAUUGGAGCCGGAUAUCAAGUACUUCUGCGAUAUCACCUAUGACCCAUUUGUUCACAUGGAACGACAUAACAAGACUUACGGAUACACAAUUGCUGUUAAGGAGCUGAAGGAAACGGUCCCGAAUCUAUUCAGAUACGCCACGGCAUACAAACGGCUCAAUAAAAUUCCUACAACUGGCCUCUGGGACAUGUUCGCUGAUCAAGCUGAGCCGCCGAAAGAGGAACCCGAAAAAUCCGACGAUGCUACCGAGGACCUCCCGAAAACUUCACCUCGAAAACCACUGCCUGAUAUCGACGGUGAAAAUAUGGAAGGCGAGAAGUAUAACAUGUGUCAUUUCUGGAGUAACUUUGAGAUCGCAAGACUUGACUUCUUCAGGAGCAAAGAGUACGAAGACUUCUUCCAAAUGAUGGAUAAAUCAGGUGGUUUUUGGACAGAACGGUGGGGAGACGCACCGAUUCAUUCAUUGGCUGCUGGAAUCUUAUUAGACACCAAAGAUAUCCACUACUUCCGCGACAUCGGCUACCGACAUACUACUAUCCAACAUUGUCCCGCGAACGCUCCUGGAAAACAAUUAACACGCAAACCAUUCUUUCACACGGAAGACAUGCAACGAAAUAAACGACUCGCGAAAGAGGAUGAUGCAUACUGGGCUAACUACGACACACCGAAGCACAAUGGUGUUGGAUGCCACUGCCGCUGCGAUACCGAUAUCGAAGACGUUGAAGGCAAACCCGGUAGCUGCACACCUGAAUGGGUUAAAGUUGCGGGAGGUUGGCUACCGGAAUAA